GAUGCUCAAGAUUAUUCUGCAGAGGCGUGGCGUCGUUUGCGCACGUGACGCUCAUGCGUGAAUCUGGCGUCGUCCUCUGCCGCACGUCUCUCUCUCCUGCCCUGCGCUGUCCUCACGACUUUACACAGGGUUUGCUGGCUGGAGUCCAUCUGUUCGUGAGCGUGACCUCUGGCUGACCUUCUUCACCUCUGUUUCAGACAAUGGCUGUUCCUCCAACAUAUGUAGACCUGGGCAAGUCUGCCCGCGACAUCUUCACCAAAGGAUAUGGUUUUGGUCUUAUCAAGUUGGACUUGAAAACGAGGUCAGAGAAUGGAUUGGAGUUCAAGAGCUCCGGCUCGGCCAACACUGAGACCAGCAAGGUAGCAGGAACACUGGAGACCAAGUACAAGUGGGCAGAACACGGCCUGACCUUUACUGAGAAGUGGAACACGGACAACACUCUGGGCACGGAGAUCACUCUGGAGGACCAGCUGGCUAAAGGGCUGAAGUUGACGUUUGAUUCCUCCUUCUCUCCGAACACUGGCAAGAAGAGCGGGAAGAUCAAGAGCAGCUUCCAGCAUGAGCACAUCAACCUGGGCUGUGACGUGGACUACGACAUCAAUGGCACCGCGGUGCACGGAGCCGUGGUCGUGGGCUUCGAGGGCUGGCUGGCCGGAUACCAGACCACUUUCGAGGCUGGGAGGAACCGGGUCACUCAGAGCAACUUCGCUGUGGGCUACAAGUCCGACGAGUUCCAGCUCCACACAAACGUGAAUGAUGGAACAGAAUUUGGUGGCUCCAUUUACCAAAAAGUGAACGAUAAGCUGGAGACUGCAGUCAAUCUGGCAUGGACCGCUGGUAACAGCAACACCCACUUUGGCAUCGCGGCCAAGUAUCAGAUCGAUGCCGAUGCUUCCUUCUCGGUCAAAGUGAACAAUUCUAGCCUUGUCGGCCUGGGAUAUACCCAGACCUUGAAGCCUGGUAUUAAGCUGACCCUCUCUGCUCUUCUGGAUGGGAGGAACAUUAACACAGGUGGCCACAAACUGGGGUUGGGUCUGGAGUUCGAGGCAUAGGAAGCUGAGGAUUGCAAUAAUCCUGACUUAAAUUUUUUUUUUUUUUUUCUCACAUACCUUGUUUCUCUUAGAUGCACUGGCCAAGGAAGCGCACUAUUGUAUACUCGGGUCAAAUAAUGCAUUAGUGAUG